AUGGCCUUCAUUGCUACUCGGUCUGGUGUUGUCUAACCUCUUCAGUAUUACAACGUCUUUCUAUGACAAUGCGGUGCGGCGCUUCACUCUUUGGCCUGGUGGCAUUUGUGGCUUUGGUGCAUGGCUUACCUGUGGAAAAUCCAGCCGCAGCUGGGGACAAUUCGAGAAUUGUUGGUGGCAAUACCACCGACAUUGGGGCCCAUGGCUAUCAGAUAAGUUUGCGCAAGAAGAGUCUGUUCUAUCCCCAAGAUGAUUUUGGUCACAUUUGUGGUGGGGCCAUUCUUUCCGAAAAUCAUGUGGUGACCGCUGCCCAUUGCAUCAUUGCCACGGUGCCGAGUCAAUUUAAGAUUGUGGCCGGCAGCAAUUUGCAUAUUGGCAAUGACGGUGUCAUGGUGCCCGUCAAGGAAAUCCUCAUGCAUGAAAACUAUAAUCCCGAGACCUAUAACAAUGACAUUGCCAUAUUGGUUUUGGCCACGCCACUGCCGCUGAACGGCUUUACCAUACGUCCAAUUGAAUUGAUUGAUGAUGCACCGGUUGCAGGGAUACAAACGACCAUAACGGGUUGGGGUGCCCUCUGGGAGGGAGGUCCCUCGCAUCACUUUUUGCAGGAGGUCAAGGUGCCGGUGGUAAGCCAUGAGGAUUGUAAUGUUGACUAUGAGGGGAUGAUCACGGAUAAAAUGUUCUGCGCCGGCUUGCGAGGUGUCGGUGGUAAAGAUGCCUGCCAGGGCGACUCAGGUGGUCCGCUGACAAUUCGCAAUAAAUUGGCCGGUGUUGUUUCCUGGGGUGCCGGCUGUGCUCGUCCUGAAUAUCCCGGUGUCUAUGCAAAUGUUUGGACCCUGAAGCCAUGGAUUUUGGAGAAGAUGGCCCUAAAUGUUUAGAAAGGGAUUGGAAGGUUGGAAUUUUAAAAUAUUAUUAUUUUUAUUAAAAAUUUUUAGAUUGUGCAAGUAAUUUUGGUGGCGUAUACGUGCCAAUAUCAGUUAUACGCCCUGAGUAUAUUGUGGCGUUAUCUAAAAUUCGAAGUGGCGUACAUUAUAUAGGGAUCAAAUUAUGGAUUUAAAAAACAA